CACACUCUUUAAGUUUGCUUGGUGAUCUCCUUUACAAGUAAAGUUAGCUUAAUGCUUUAAUUAUUGAGAACACAGCAUUGUUUCAUUCGAUAGCAUUGUUGAGUUUUUCUCUAACUUGCAACCUGUAAAUCUCGAGCAGAACCAUGGCAGGAGACCGGUCAGAUCAUCGGGUGCUGCAGUAUGAACAAAGUCUUAUGUAUGGGCGCUACACCCAGGAGCUCGGGGUGUAUGCCAAAGAGGAGGCCACUCGGCUGAAGGAAAGUGAGAAGAAGGUCAGUCAGCCAAGCCGGACACUGGAACACGACGAUGGAUGCUGUGCCAAGUUCGGCCCAUUUCGCUGGCUGAAGUUCCUGAUCUCAUUGAUCGGGGAGGACUGGAUCUUCUUCUUCCUGUUGGGGCUCUUCAUGGGCCUAACUAGCUGGGCAAUGGAACUGGGCAUCAUCAUGCUCCAAAAAGGACAGAAGUGGAUAUAUGGUAGACUGGACAGUAAUGGGUUCCUGCAGUACCUGGGCUGGGUUGGCUAUUCUGUUGCUCUCAUCAUGUUUUCUGCCGGCUUCACCCAGAUCGUCUCCCCGCAGGCUGCUGGUUCAGGGAUUUCGGAAAUGAAGACCAUUCUACGAGGAGUAUUACUGAAAGAAUACCUCACCUUCAGGACCUUCGUGGCUAAAGUCAUCAGUCUCGCUUUUGCCUUGGGUAGCGGUAUGCCCCUUGGCAAAGAGGCUCCCUUUGUACACAUCGCCAGUUUGUGUGGAGCUCUCCUCAGCAAGUUGCCUGUGUUUCGAGGAAUCUAUGAGAAUGAGUCCAGGUACAGAGAGAUGCUAGCAGCAGCCUGUGCUGUGGGAGUUGGCUGCGUUCUUGCUGCGCCCGUAGGAGGUGUGCUCUUCAGUAUUGAAGUAACAUUCACAUUCUUUGCUGUGAGGAGCUAUUGGAGAGGGUUUUUUUCUGUUACUAUCGCUGCCUUCUUUUUCAGGGUAUUGGCUGUGUGGUACAAAGAUGAAGAGACCGUCACAGCCCUUUUUAGAACCCAUUUCCAGGUAGACUUUCCCUUUGAUCUCAAGGAGAUUCCUGCCUUCGCUUUUCUUGGUAUUAUCAGUGGUUUUGGUGGGGCUUUGUUUGUCUACCUAAACCGACGGAUUGCCCAGUUCAUCAAGAAACAGAAGCUCUUCAACACAUUCCUCAUGAAAAAAUGUCUUGUUUAUCCAGUAAUGGUCACUUUCCUCAUUUCGUCACUUUUGUUUCCUUCUGGUUUUGGACAAUUUAUGGCUGGAGAGCUGACCCAGAAUGAGGCUUUGGUGACAUUACUGGACAACCGCACAUGGACUAAAGACGGCGUCGCUGAAGAGUUUGACUACAUUGGAAACGCACGAGUCUGGAUGCACCCACAAGUCACCGUCUUCGGCACACUGGCCCUUUUCACCAUAAUGAGGUUCUGGAUGUGUGCCUUGGCCAUCACCAUGCCAGUGCCCUAUGGAGCCUUCAUGCCAGUACUUGUCAUUGGGGCAGGCUUGGGGCGUCUGGUUGGAGAAUGCAUGGCAUUCUGGUUCCCAGAUGGCAUUCAUACAGGUCAUGCUAUCUAUCCCAUAGUGCCAGGAGGCUACGCUGUGGUGGGUGCUGCAGCUUUGUCCGGAGCAGUCAGCCACUCAUUUUCCACCGUGGUCAUGGUGCUUGAGUUGACUGGACAGAUCUCCCACCUUCUGCCGGCCCUGAUAGCAGUGGUCCUGGCCAACCUUGUGGCCCAGUCCCUGCAGCCCUCCAUCUAUGACUCCAUCAUCAAGAUAAAGAAGCUUCCCUACCUCCCAGAGCUGGGCUGGGGUCAGCACGAGGUGUAUAACAUUCGUGUGGAGGACAUUAUGGUGCGCGACGUGCAGUACAUCACACUCAGCUGCAGCUACAGAGACUUGCUAAACAUCCUAAUGAAAAGUCGACUAAAGGCUCUACCCCUGCUCAAAUCAGCUGAGUCAAUGAUCCUGUUGGGUUCCAUUGAGCGUGCCCAGCUCCAGUCGCUGCUCUCGCAGCAGCUCAGCCGUGCCAGACGUCUGCAGUGCAUCAAAGAACGAGGCGCUGAGGAGAAGACGAUCCUCUCCACUGAGUCAAACCCACCCAGCAAUAACAACAGCAGCCUGCAGACAGGCCAGGAGGAAGGCCACAUCCAGAUCACUAAUGAGGAGCUGCACCUGCCCCCUGUGGUGGAGCGACCCACUGACCUUUCCAACAGCUCACAAGAUGAAUCAGGAGUCACACUGAGAAGCAUUUUCUGUGCCAGUUCAGAUGCAGAAGAGGUACAAGAUGAUCGAGAUGUUCAAGAUCCCACUAGUGAGAUUACAGACUGGGAGGCAAGGCAACUUGAUGAGAGGGUCAACUUCAACAACUGCAAGAUUAACCCCGCCCUGAUCCAGCUGCUGGAGUGUACAUCACUGCAUAAGACCUACACCAUCUUCUCUCUGCUGGGCCUCGACCACGCCUAUGUCACCAGGAUCGGACGCCUCAUCGGGGUGGUUUCCAUCAAAGAACUCCGUAAAGCCAUAGAUGGCUCAAUGACUCUGAAAGGUGUGAAGGUAGCUCCCCCUAUGGCCACCUUCAGGAACAGCAGCUUGAGCAGCAGCCAGAAUGAGACCACCUAUCUCCAAGCUGUGAGACCACCAGAAGAGCACGCCAACAAUGCACCAAAGCACGUCUGCUGACGUGACCAACGGCAAGUCUCGGUAGGAGAAGGAGAAUGAGGAGAAGGAGGAAAUGUCAAAGUGCUGAAGUCUUUAAUCUCUCAAAGCUACACGUGCAAAAAUCAAAUACAGACAGUGCAAUGUGUAUAGGUCUGUACAUUAGGGGGCAGAUGCCUCAGCUUUUGUGUUUUCGAGUUCCCACUCUCAUUCCUUUCUUCUUCACUGACAUACCUAAUAGUCAGGUGUUAAUUGUCAUGUAUUAGUGGUUAUGUCUUAAUAGUCAGGCUGAGAGCACAACCUGUGCAAGCAGACGUGCUCCCUGGCAGUGAUGGAGGCACCUGUAGCUAAUCUCAUUCUGUCCUUACAUUCUGUUGCCACAGCUCUCACAGGCAUAGAAACACACUUUUAUUGUAGUCCAAAUGCUCAUUUCACAAGUGCCUCCUCUUCUUUAUCACCAGGAAUAAGCAGUGUGUGUGUGUGUGUGUGUUACAUAAGUGGCGUAGGUGAGAUUUUCCCAGUAGAGUACAAUGGUGCGGGGGGAAGUCAGUUUGACCACAUUCUACUUGUACUAAACUAAACUUUAACCACAUGUAAAUUUUCCACGUACUAUGUAGUAUGUUCAGAUUAAUAAAAUUGUAACAGUUUAGCCUUAAAGAUGAAGGAUUUGAAUUAAAAAAUUUGAUGUGAUAUUUUUCAGUUUCAUUUGACUCAAAAUAGUUGCUUCAUAUUUACUGAGGGUAAAAAUUCCUUCUUUUUGUGUGGAGUUUAACCCUCACCCAACCAGACUGAGUCGAACAAUAUCCUGACCUAUAUCACCUUCACACCAAAAUCAGACAUUGUGUUGUUAAUCAACAGUGAAUAAAUGCGUGACAUAUUAACAAACCUC